AUGGGCAAGAGUUACAUGGCUGAUGGGCAAGAGUUACAAGAACUUCACUUUCACUUUGUGAGAAGGGAUGCUGCUUUUAACCACGCGGCUUUCUGUUGUUUACUUUCGCCUAUUGAUGCAACCAAAAAUGACGAGGCUGGGAAGGCUAUCUCUUCGCAUUUCCUUUGUAUUGGCUCUGCCUUGAGGUUAUAAUUUUCAAAGUUGACCUAUUUCUUUUGACAACAGAACAAGGUUGCAACGACUUCCAAAGCAGUUGACAGGCGCUCCUGCUGCCUUUCAGAUUGAGCUGUGGCGACAAUUUGGUUUUGUGAAAGGCAAGCUAUCUGGUAAGCAUGUAUUCGAAAAAGCGACAGCUGACCCUGUAUGGGCUUGAUUAGUUUGCCUAACAGCGAUCUUUCCAGGCUUCUUCAAGAUCAUGCCACAAGCUCCAAACUCUGCUGCUGUGAUGGCCAUACAAUCCAUACUAUCCAGUCCAGCACCUUCUACGACUACUACAACUCAAAGCAGAAUGUCAAUUGUCGCUCUACUGUCUGAUCAAGGACCUGCGAACAACGCACCUCCACCAGCCGAGACCAAACACACAAGGUUAUACAACACGCCUAUCAAGCCGCUUACGCAGUUCCACAAGUUUCCCUAUUUACCCUAUGAACUGCGAGCAGCGAUCUGGGAAGCCUCUGCCAAAUUUGUCCCUCGCGUGAUUGAAGUUUUCUACCACACUACCCUCCUGCAAUGGACAACUGCCGAGCAAACCUACUUCGACCCUCCUGCAUUCUCCGCUGCAAAUCGCGAGUCACGAGCGGUCUUCAAAAAGUUGUACUACCCGCUCUUCCCGGUUGUUCAAUCCAACUGGCGCCCAGUCUAUUCUGCGCAAUUCGAAAUCAACCGAGCUAUAGCCCAUUUCGUCACAUACCCCCAAAGCGAUCUCCAAUUGUCCUACAUCAAUCCCAAAGUCGACACGCUCUACAUCAGCGCUGGCAUUGACAACCUCGACCCGGAGUACACGAAGAAGUUGGCGGAAUACGAAGCGAUCAAGUUCGUUGAGAACGUAUCUUGCGAAGAUUGGGAGUUCUAUGGCAUGCGACGCGAGAAGUGGUGGUUGACCGCAUCCGGAAGACCAAUUCUACCAUCUUUAAAGAAGUUCGCUGUGGUUCUUAAUGAUACAUGUUUGGUGUGCAAUAUGUUGCAACCCGAAAAAAUGGCGCUCGAGUAUCUUUGUAAUAGCCAGGGCAUACGCAAACGAGGUUGGCUAACACUUCACGAUCUAUCCCGACCAUAUGACGAGUGGACUGAGAAUAGCAUUUCAAAGGGCAUCAACGAUACCUACAAGACGGAUGAGUUCUGGACGAAAGUUGAAUCGCGGGACCUUCAAUAUCCGGCCAGGGGUGGAGACGCAGUUGAUAGCUUGAAAUGUUUCCACUGUGGUGAUAAAGUAACCUCGACUGUAGAUUGA